AGAGGGAAGGAGGCCGCCGACCGCCGGGGCUGCUGGGCUCCUGCGCGCUCACGCUCCCCGCCGCCCGCCGAGGCGCAGGCAGGGUGCAGGCGGCGGCGGCGGGCGGCAUGGAGAGCCUGCUGGAGAACCCGGUGCGCGCCGUGCUCUACCUCAAGGAGCUCACGGCCAUUGUACAGAACCAGCAAAGCCUCAUCCACACCCAGCGCCAGCGCAUCGAUGAGCUGGAGCGGCGUCUAGACGAGCUGAGCGCGGAGAACCGCAGCCUGUGGGAACACCAGCAGCUUCUGCAAGCCCAGCCUCCGCCAGGGCUCGUUCCCCCAUCGACAGCCCCACUGCCUGCUCCUACAACCAGCGCUCCGGCCGCCACUGCGGCCCAGGAGCCUCUUCAGGACCACGGACAGCUCAUACCCGCCACGCCGGAGCCGCCACUUCAGCACCACGGACAGCUCCUGGCACAGCCCCAGCCGGGCCCCAGCAGCAGGGCUCAGGCUCCCCAGCCGCCCCACCAGCACUCGGUGGUACCCGGGGUGAUAGCUGACAAGGAGAAGGAGCGUCCCCCGAGUUGUUGUGCUGCCGCCGGAGCCCUGCUUCAGCACACAUCCCCCGCCGCCCUCGGCAAGGGCGUCCUGAGCAGGAGACCGGAGAAUGAGACCGUGCUGCACCAAUUCUGCUGCCCUGCCGCUGACACCGAGCAGAAGCCUGCCUGCUCUGACCUGGCUUCCCAAAGUGAUGGCUCCUGUGCCCAGGCCGGUGGGGGCAUGGAGGACUCCGUGGUGGCAGCCGGCAGACCCAGUGCCCAUGCCCCGAAGGCUCAAGCCCAAGAGCUACAGCAGGAGGAGGAGCGGCCGGGGGCGGGGGGCUCCCCACGGGCUGGCCCCCUCCGCACGGCCUCCCCCGGCCAGCAGCAGCCUGCCCUGGCGACGGCGCUCUGCUCCCACACCCCUGCUGCCUCCGAGUACGAACUCUCCCUUGACCUAAAGAAUAAACAGAUUGAAAUGCUAGAACACAAAUACGGGGGCCACCUGGUAUCCCGACGCGCCGCGUGCACCAUCCAAACCGCUUUCCGCCAGUAUCAGCUCAGCAAGAACUUUGAGAAGAUCCGUAACUCGCUCCUGGAAAGCCGCCUACCCCGUCGGAUCUCGCUGCGCAAAGUGCGAGCGCCCACAGCCGAAAGCCUGGUGGCUGAGAAAGCUCUCCUGGAGGGCUGCGGGCUCUUGGGGCUGCCACUGGGGCGCACGCCCACCCUGCCACCCACCUUUGCAGGCUCGCUCACAGAGUUGGAGGACUCCUUCACCGAGCAGGUGCAGUCCCUGGCCAAGUCCAUCGACGACGCCCUCAACACCUGGAGCCUCAAGACCAUGUGCUCACUGCAGGAGAGUGGCGCGUACCAGCUCCACCAGGCCCUGCACCCUAGUGCAGGACAGCCAGGCCUGGAGGCCGAGACGCGGGAGCCUGAGAGUGGCCCAGGAUCUGGAGAUGAGACAGGCAGCCUGCCGCAGGGUCACAGCAGUACCCUCAUGAUGGCUUUCCGGGAUGUCACAGUGCAGAUCGCUAACCAAAACAUCUCUGUUUCCUCCUCCACCGCCCUGUCUGUGGCCAACUGUCUGGGCUCACAGACCACCCAGGCCACAGCCGAACCAGCGGCUGGCCAAACCGAGCAGGGAGACGCUGUGGCUCAGGAGGUCUCUGAAACCCCAGUCUCGGAACAGACAGAACCCCCGAGUGAGAACUCAGAAGCAGCAGAGAGUUGCGCUCAGGGCGCACAUGGACCAGUGGCUGCGGAGGAGGCCGUGGUUGAGGAGGCAGUGGCCGUGGAGGUAGAGGAGGAAAAGGAAGAGGCUGGGCAGGCAGGGAAAGGGGCCGAAGAAGCAGGCGACAACUCUGAGCAGCUUAGCAGCAGCAGUGCAUCCACCAAGUCCGCCAAAUCUGGCUCAGAGGUUUCUGCCGCUGCCUCGAAGGAGGCCCUGCAGGCGGUGAUCCUAAGCUUGCCGCGCUACCACUGCGAGAACCCGGCCAGCUGCAGAUCCCCCACUCUCUCUACCGACACCCUGCGCAAGCGGCUGUACCGCAUCGGCCUCAACCUCUUCAACAUAAACCCGGACAAGGGCAUCCAGUUCCUGAUCUCACGUGGCUUCAUCCCCGACACCCCCAUCGGUGUGGCCCACUUCCUCCUGCAGCGGAAAGGCCUCAGCCGCCAGAUGAUUGGAGAGUUCCUGGGCAAUAGCAAGAAGCAAUUCAACCGCGAUGUGCUGGACUGUGUGGUAGAUGAAAUGGACUUUUCCAACAUGGAGCUGGACGAGGCCCUGAGGAAGUUUCAAGCUCACAUCCGCGUGCAGGGGGAAGCCCAGAAAGUAGAGCGGCUCAUAGAAGCUUUCAGCCAGCGCUACUGCAUGUGCAACCCCGAGGUGGUGCAGCAGUUCCACAACCCAGACACCAUCUUCAUCCUGGCCUUUGCCAUCAUCCUUCUCAACACCGACAUGUACAGCCCCAACAUCAAGCCUGACCGGAAGAUGAUGUUAGAAGACUUUAUCCGCAACCUUCGAGGUGUGGAUGAUGGUGCUGACAUCCCCAGAGAGCUGGUAGUGGGCAUCUAUGAAAGGAUCCAGCAGAAGGAGCUCAAAUCCAAUGAGGACCACGUCACAUAUGUCACCAAGGUGGAGAAGUCCAUCGUGGGCAUGAAGACGGUGCUGUCCAUGCCACACCGCCGCCUGGUCUGCUGCAGCCGGCUCUUCGAGGUGACCGAUGUGAACAAGCUCCAGAAGCAGGCUGCACACCAGAGGGAAGUGUUCCUCUUCAAUGACCUGCUGGUGAUUCUCAAGCUGUGUCCAAAGAAGAAGAGCUCCUUCACGUACACCUUCUGCAAGGCAGUCGGCCUCUUGGGCAUGCGCUUUCACCUCUUUGAGAACGAGUAUUAUUCCCAUGGCAUCACGCUGGCAACUCCGCUCGCGGGCUCUGAGAAGAAGCAGGUGUUGCAUUUCUGCGCCCUCGGCUCUGAUGAGAUGCAAAAGUUUGUGGAGGACCUGAAGGAGUCCAUUGCUGAGGUGACAGAGCUGGAGCAGAUCCGGAUAGAGUGGGAACUGGAGAGGCAGCAGGGAACAAAGGCGCUCUCUGUAAGGUCUGCUGGAGCCCAGGGGGACCCCCAGUCAAAGCAAGGAUCACCCACAGCCAAAAGGGAAGCGAUGGCAGGCGAGAAAGCGGCGGAGAGCUCGGGGGAGGUGUCAAUUCACAACAGGCUUCAAACGUCCCAGCACAGCCCCAGGUUGGGGGUCGAGAGGGGAGAGCCACCACCGCCACCGCCAACAUCACCACCACCGUUACUGCCAGACCCACAGCCUAGCCCCCUGAGGGAGCAGCCCCCACCGCUGCCGCAGCUGCCGCCACCCACACCCCCAGGCACCCUGGUGCAGUGCCAGCAAAUUGUCAAGGUCAUUGUCCUGGACAAACCCUGCUUGGCCCGCAUGGAGCCCCUGCUGAGCCAGGCCCUGUCCUGCUAUGCCUCGUCCUCCUCAGAUUCCUGUGGCUCCACACCCUUGCGUGGUCCAGGCUCUCCAGUUAAGGUCAUCCACCAGCCCCCACUGCCCCCACCCCCACCCCCAUACAACCACCCUCAUCAGUUCUGUCCUCCAGGCUCUCUGCUGCUCCGGCGCCGCUAUUCCAGUGGCUCAAGGAGCCUGGUGUAGGCUCUGCCCUUCGCACCCUGCUAUUCCAAUGGGCUGUCCUUCAGGAGCCUGGGCUGCCCCCUGCCACUCCUCACAUCUUGGCGUAAUGCCUUCCUGGCCACUGAUCCCUGUUGUGGAAAAGAGAAUGCCCUGGCGAGAUGGUUUGCUUGUCCCAACCAUCCUUCACUGACUAACUCGAGUACCUCACCACAAAUAUGUAAACACCUUGUCACUCUUCCAGGGGUCCCACAUAAGCCAGAUGGGCCAUGCCUUCUCCUCUGUGUUUACCAUGCUCCCCUAAUUGGAUUGAGGGAAACUCAAGUUGAGGGCUGUCGGCUGAUAGGCUUGCAGUCUUGGUUUGUUAGUAUUCCUGCUUUGGGCCGGUGGGCAAGAGCAAAGGGCUGGACUUUCUAGCAGCACAGCCCAGGGCAGAGGCAGACUACCCCAGCACAAGUGUAUCUAUAGCCAAGCUGAACAGAGGAGAGCGAGCCCUGGCCCCCUGGAGCAAACUAAGAGUAGCAGGGGAGGAGGGCUUCGUCAUCCAAGCUUGUAGUUAGGAGACUGGUUCUUAGCUCCCCGGAGACACUGGCUCCCUUUUCACCGUGUCAGCUCUCCUGCCACCACCAGAGAAUUCUGACCUACCCUGACCCAGGAAAGACUCAAGAGAGGGGGCAGGGUAUUCCGUUCUGUCUGGGUCAAUUCAACAGGACCCUGGGACUGCGAGAGCAUGUCUGGAAAGUGAACUCUAAGAGAACAUUUCUUGGUUCCUAGCUCCAGCAACAACUCGGCCAGCCCUGAGUGCACACAGGCAGUUACCCAUAAGCACUUGUGAGAAGUGGGUUGAUUACUUCCUUGUGGCAUCAGAAGCUAGGGGAUGGGGCACUGGCCUGCCCAGCAGAGGUGUGACUUGGCUUGGAGUCAGGGCUUCCUCAUGUAGGACUCUGCAACCUCUGUGGACACAGACAAGUUGAGGCAGUGAGUUCUAGUCACUGUGUCACCCCUGCUGCUGCCCUAAAAACCGUCCCUCCCUGGAAAAUGCAGGCUGGCUUCCAGCUGGGAUGGCUAAGAAUUCCUGGACCGUCAAAACUGCAGAGCACAGCCUAGCAGGGCUUAUCAACUUUCCAGGCCUACCGGGAUCCAGAGUCAGCGCAGGUGGCCCUGGCCCUACAGAGCCCCAGACAGAUGAGGCAGCCCCAUAGACUACAGGGGUGAUGUCAUAGGCUGUCACAUGCCAGGCCAGCCUCCUUUGUCCUAUGCCAGUAGCUAUUUCUGACCUUCUUCAAGAUGCCCUCCUAGUCAUAGCCUGUUCUUAAAGUUUCCCAAGAGGCGAGAGGCACAGUGGAUGUUGCCGUGGGUGGAAGUGAAUUGGCUUCUCCUGGUCUCCGCCGUACAGCCCAAGAUUCAGCACUCUGGACCAGAUAGGAGGCAUCCAGGCUAUUAGAGGGGUCAAAGGACCUCAUUUCAGGUGCAUGCAUGUAUGUGCGUGUGCGUGUGCGCGCGCGCGCUUUCACCCAGAGGUCAUUAUGAUGUCACCUGGGGAGCUUUUGGCCAUUUCUGUAACUUUUGGCCAAUAUGCUACCUCCCCAAGGGCUCCCAGCCUGUGUUUUUCUAAAUCGGCUGCCUUGGGUCCCUCUGCACCCAUGUUUCAGAAAAUAACCAGAACCUGUCAGAAUAGAACAACUGGCAGAUAGGGGGCACUACUUAGACACCUCACCAUCUACACUGGGGCAGAGAGGCUUAGGGCCUGGGGAAAGCAGAGUCUUUGAUAGGGUUGGCUGAAUGAGAAGGCUGAAAAUAGAAGGAAAUUUAUGACUCGUGGGGAGGAUGUGAGGUAUGAAGGAGUAUGAGUUAUGAGUGUGUCCAAGUGUGUUUCUGGAGUAGGCAUCAUGAUGUCAAGGAGUGAUGAAGAGGGACAUUAGCCCUGGGAGCUCAGUUCCCAUUGUCAAGCCCUGCCCCCUGCUCACACCAGGCUUCAGGCUAACAGUGUCCUCUGUCCCUCCUGCCUCCGCUAAGCCCUACUUUCCUGAUGAGCUCCAGCUCCAGCAGAGGCUUGGGGGCUGGCCCACAUGUGUGAGCUCUGAGGACCCCGACUCCCAGGCACCCUGCAUCUUUUCUCCAGGGAGAGCUUUACCUGAGGUUGCUACAAUAGCUGACCUAGACACUGCUGGCAGGAGCAAAAGCCAGCAUGGGAAGCCACACUGCUUGGGGUCACACAUGGAACAAUCCUGAGCCUGCAGGCUUUGAGCCCCAGUACCCUAGGGAGGGAGAGGCAGGAGGGGGAGCUGGCCUACCUUACUGGUCAGGCAAAGUUAGAGCUCCCGACAUGUGUCGCUUCUCUCCCGAGCUCAGCCAACCCACUAACGGUAGAAUUCGUCCAUCUGUAUCUCAGACCCCAGAGAAUCUGGCAGAAGCCUCCUACCCUUCUCCAUGGCAGUGACCCGAUCAGGACCACCAGUCCUCCUGAAGGCCCAGAAAGAGGCUCUGGAGACUCUGGCUGCCUCAAAGUUAAGGGGACGAUGGAGGGUUGGCUGAGCUAGCAGACCCAAUCACCCCAAAACUCCCCCUCCAUCAACUUUCUAGGCCUUACUUUGGGGAGCCUGGGCCCCUCUCCCAAUUUAUCCAUUUGGCCCCUCCUCCAAAAUCAGAUGAGAGGUGGGACCAGCUUUCCUACCUAUUUUUAGGCAAACCCACCUCCAAAUGCAGGUCCUGUCUUGGCAGCCUUUCCUGGAAGCCAGGCCGUCUGUCUUUUCGUCUGCAAAGAUGUCUUGCUCCCACAAAUAUGUAUGGACCCUGGAUCUAUGACACCCCCACCCCGCCUGUCCAGAGCCUGCCAGGAUGUUUCCGUUACCCAGGAGAGGUUCCUGAUAGCAUUUGUCUGUGUCUGCAUCAGCUGUCCAUCUUCCAGCGGACCCCUCCUCCCCCGCUCACCCUUCACCAGAUGGAGUGACAGCUCUCUGGGGACAGGCAGGGUGGCUGCACUCAGCAACUAACCCAAAUGGCAAAUAUUUUGUAACAAAAUAGCCCAGAGGUAUUUUAUCUGUUCAAUUCAUAGAGUUUUAGAGAUUCUAUUGAAAUGUGUCACUUGAGCAAA